AGUAAACACAGAAUUGUAUGUGCAUUAAAGAUUUGAACCCGAGAAUAGCACGUUAAGGCCACCCAUGGCACGUCAUAUCACACACCGGUAAUUGGCAUUUGGCAUAAGACGGAGAAUUCGCCAAGCAUCUACCGUAUGUAGGCAUAUCUGCAUGUCUUUCACAUGGCGGACAGAGGGGAUUCAUCGGCGCUAGAGGCCUCUUGGAGUGACCUCAUUACCAACAAGGGUUGGAAUACGGUGGCUAUUCAAGGAGCCAUCCUCAAGGCCGACCUUGCCGGUUGUGCAAGGCCUAGACAUCUAAAUUCUCUGGAAGACAUCCCACAAUGGGUACAAGGAGUGAAGCCGUGCCUGUUACCAUGGGAGUACCCGAAGACGGGGAUCCUGGCCCCUCCGGCUGGGCACACACCCCACAUCAUAUAUCGCCCCGCUCAGGGCUUCAGCAAUGCCAGCAGCUUCAUAUCGUGGCACUCGAGCUGCAUCGACAACAUCGACAAGCAAGUGGCACUCAAAUUCACCACCACCGUGUCAACCCCCAACCUGGAGUGGGCGUUCUUGCUGGUUGCGGGACAUCUCCAGCCGCAAACCAGCAAAGCCCCCCACGCCGCUGGACGCCAGGCGGCUUCCAGCACCUCCUCCUCACCCGAGGCGGGCCCUGCCGCCGGGGCCUCCUCACCCGCAGCAUGCAGCAGCAGUGCGGCACGACCUCCUCCGCCGGCGUCGUCGCCUGUUCCUUGUUUCUUUGCGUACUUCCUUCCCUUCAACCCCGCCAGCGACGUGAAGAAAGGCGAGCCGCUGUGCCUUUCCUGGCUGAGCAGGAGGCUGAGGCAGCACCGGGAUGUACGGGAGGACCGGGACGUGCACGCCUGGCGCCAGGACCGCAGCCGCUGGCGGGUGCACCCGGCAACCGGCCUGCCCGAGGCGGAGCGAAACGUCACCCUGCACGCCUACGGGGACCUGGGGUCGGCGGGCGGCAGCAGCAAGCCCAUGCACUGCGGCCUAGUGGAGUCGGUGUUGACGGGGGGCUGCUUCUACUACUCCACACGGCCCUGGCGGCUGAAGCCAGAUGCGCCGGAGGGGGUUGCCAUCAAGGAGCCGGUCUACGGUGACAAGCACCAGGGGUUCCUGCCCAGGGGGGAUUGCGCGUGUGAGGAUAACUGCUGCGGCAAGAACAGGGCCCGCCUAGCCCUGCAGCAGCUGCGUUCCGAGGGCGUGCAGUACAAGUUGGAGAUACGGCGCGUGUCUUUGGAGCGGGAUCGCAACGACCUGGGCGUGUUUGCGCUGGAGUAUAUCCCCGAGGGCACCUACCUGGCAGAAUACGUGGGGGAGUGGAUCACAAGCAUGGAGGUGCAAGACCGCGAGCGGCUCUACCAGCCAGUCGGGCUGCACUACAUGUACGACAUGGAACAACGGCACGAGCUGAGCAAGGAGGAGGCAGCGACGGCGCUGAUGGCGGUGGACGGCACACACAUCGGCAACGUGUCCCGCUUCAUCAACCACCGUUGCGAGGGAGCCAACCUGAAGUCGGUCAAUGUGUGCAUGGGCGGUCUGGAUGAGUCCCAAAUGGCCGUCCUGCUGCGCACCCUCCGCGCCCUGCAGCCGGGCGAGGAGCUCACACUAGACUACCAGCAGGGGCGGUCAGUUGAGGUGAAGGCGGAGAUACGAGCCAACCCCAGGGGCGAGGUGCGCUGCAGGUGUGGUGCCCCGAAGUGCCUUGGUGUCGUGUUUCCACGGAUUGACGUGGACGGCGAGGAUAGGGUCCUGCAGCGUGGCACUGGAGGAGCAGGAGGAAGAGGAGGAGGGGGAAGAGGAGGAGCAGGAGCAGGAAGGGGAGCAGGCGGCGGAGGGCGGGGUGGCGGACGGGCGCCCCAACACCACCAGCACCCCCCAGGCCGCCCGGGGUCCUCCCGGCAAGCCAUUGGGGUGGUGGCAGGCCCCUCUCACUGCCCCUCCGGUGCAGCAGCGGCAGCAGCCACGACCAGCAACAGAGGGGGAGGAGCAGGUGCUGCCGGAGCUGAUGCUGUGUGCCGCCAGGGGAGAACCUCUCUCCACUACCAUGCAGGAGGAGGAGGAGGACGUGGUGGUGGUGGUGGUGCUGGAGGGGGUGCCAGCUGUGGCCAGUCAGGGCUGGAGGCGCCUUCCAGCGCUGCCGUCACCACGGGAGGGGCUCCCGACAACAGCAGCGCCUGUGCCGGCUCAGUUGGCAGCCCGGCAGGGGCAGGGGUAGCAGCACGGGGGGGAGGAGGAGCAGGAGGUGGUGGAAGAGGAGGAGGAGGAGGAGCAGGAGCGGUGGGACGUGGACGUGGACAGCGGGAGGAGGCCGAUGCUGGUGGUGAUGCGGCUGGUACAGGUGGGGCAAAGGAGGUCGCCUUCGGGGGAGAAGCCACUGCUGCCAGCAGCCCUGGGGGAAAAGCCGACCGGAGGAGGAGGACAGGAGGCAGCACCCUCACAUUCGCACAACCACCACCACCACAACCACGAACGGCAGGAACAGUCGCCCUGCUAGCAGAACCAAUGCUGGCAGUUGCCUCGUCCCAUGCAGAAGCGGUUGUUGGUGGCACCACAGCUGCAUUCUCGGCGGGCCCUGCUAUCACCCCUGCUACUGGUACCCCUGCUGCUGCAGCUGCUGCAACAGCUGCGGCCACUGUUGCUGCUGCCGCUGCUGCUCCUGCUGCUGCCAAGCGGCACCGCGGGGAGCAGGGGGCGGGCCACACCCUAGCUGCAGGCAGCCCAUCUCGUCGGCGCCUGGGGGGCAGCGACAGCCGCAUGGUGGUGGAGGUAGAGCCGGAGGUGGGCAGUGUGGGUGCAGACUCCGGCAGCACUGCGGCUAGUGGCAGUGGCGGCGGUGGCAUGACGACUGCUGGCGCCGAUGAAGAAGGACUGCUAGCGGAAACAACAGCAGCAGCAGCAAGGGCAGGAGUAGUGACAGGAGCAGCAGUGGCAAUGGAAGCGGCUAGGAGUGGUGGUGGUGGGGCUGCUGCCAGCUGCUGCCUGAGUGGCAGCCGCACCUGGGGUGAGAUGGAGGAGGAGCAGAUGGAGGAGGAGCAGAUGGAGGAGGAGCAGGUGGAGGUGGAGCAGGUGGAGGUGGAGCAGGUGGAGGUGGUGCCUGGUGAUGGUGAUGAUGAUGGUGGCCAUGCAGGCCGGAAUGGUGCAGCAGCCCACGCAGCAGCAGCAGCCUCCCCGCCCCUCCAUGGUGUGCAGGCCGCCUCCCCGCCCCCCGCAUCCCGCAGGCUGGCCAGCCACACCCGCAAGCCGGCGGCGGGGGGACGCAGGAGGAGCUGCAAGCUGCAGGCCGCCUCCUCCUGCGAUGGUAGUGGUGGUGGUGGCGCUGCUGCUGUGGUGGCGGCACCUGCUGCUGUGGGCAGUGCGGCAGCAGCAGCAGCAGCGGCUGGAGGCAGCAGCAGCGGCGGUGGUGGAAGGGGCAGCACCGCCCAGCAGGUGCCUGCCACAGCAGGGCUGAUGGAUGUUGGAGAAGAGGAG